UAUAUAUCUUCUCAAGAAAAACAUCCACCCCCCACAACCACCAUUUCCAUAACCAUAAUCUCCUUCUCCAUUCAUCUUCUUCUCGACUCUAGUUUCAUACUAUCAAGUCGAUCUGAUAAGAGACUUACUGUAUAUAUAUAUAUAUAUACAUAGAAUGGGAAACUAUGUUUCAUGCACUCUGUCAACCCCGGGAAUAGGGAAGCAGCAUUGCAAAGCAACCAAAGUGAUCUUUCCGGGAGGCGAAGUCCGGCAGUUUUACACACCGACGAAAGCGGCGGAGCUAAUGCUCGAGAUGCCGAACUUCUUCGUGGUGAACACGAUGUCUCUGCGAAUCGGAAGGAGGUUCUCUGCACUCAACGCUGAUGAAGACCUUGAGAUGGGUAAUGUCUACGUUAUGUUUCCUAUGAAGAGAGUCAAUUCCGUGGUGACUGCCGGCGACAUGGGGGCUUUGUUUAUUACCGCCAACUCCGCGGCCAAGCAGCGGGUUUCCGGUGGCAAAGUUAAACUGUUGCCGGAGUCCGGAGUCGAGGUGGCUUUGCAGCAGAAGUUUGUGGAGGAAUAUGCGAAUGAUUGCGGGAACAAGGAUCCGACGCCGGCGCCGAAGUUGAACUUGGAUGAUAUUGAGGAGUUCUCGACGCCGGAGUUCAUACAUAGGAUGUCUAUGUGUAGGUCGAAGAAGCCAUUGUUGGAGACCAUAGCAGAAGAACCGGUUUGGAUAAGAUGAUGAUGAUGCAGUAGGGGUCGGAAUAUAUGUGACAUAGGUCGAUAAUUAUUUUUUUGUUUAAUUCUCUACUUUUUUUUUUUUUUUUUAAGGAAAAAAGAGAGAUUAUAUAAUUCAGUCAAAAAAAUGGAGAUUGUAUAAUUUAAAAAAGUUAUAAGCUUUUUUUUUUUUUUUUUUUUUUUUUUUUUUUGGGUAGAAGAACCUCAAUAUGGUUUAAACUUUAAAUUAAGAGAUUUGACAUUAAUUUAGAAAAAGAAAGAAAAAAACAUUUCUGUUUUUUUUCUUUUUUUCUUUUUUUCAAUCAUCAUAGGGGCACAGGGGUAUAUGGUUAGAUCACAGUUGGGAUGUUAGUUGUUCCUUUUUGUGAAUAUUAUAAAGAAUACGAAAAAAAAAUAUAUAGUAUUUGCAAUGAUCAAAAUUUAUAAGA